AUGGCACCCUCAGCAGUCGACUCUCGCGGCUUGAUGCUCAAUGGCCUGAAUUAUGAUCGUCAUGCUAAUGGUGCCAACGGCACAAAGAACAAGGAUGUCAACACCAUGAAUCCACAUGAAAAGGUGCAUUUCGCGCCAAAGCUCAAACCCAAGGACUACCAGAUCAAGGGCACGGAUCCAGGUGGCAAGAUUUUGUUUCGAGAUGUGAACAUUAUUGAUAGUACUGGAGCAGAUCCGUUCAAGGGCGACGUGUAUAUCGAAGGCCAGUCUCCCGGGUUGCUAGAGCAAGGUGGGAGAGCAUUUGCUAACAAUAUAACAGGCGAGCGCAUACGAUAUGUUGGCGAGGUACCCAGUGUCGAGGAGCUUGCGAAGGACAACAAGGUACGAACCAUCAACGGUCGUGGUAGGACGUUGAUGAGUGGUUUGGGAGAUGCGCACACACACUUUAGCUGGAACAACGGCGAUCUUGGUAAGCUCGGUGACAUUGGUGUUGAGGAGCAUACACUCGCCAGCGCGAGGUCAGCACAGUGCUAUCUGGACAGCGGGUACACUAUGUGCUUUGGGGCAGCAUCCGCCAAAGACAGGCUUGAUAUUGUGAUUCGUGAUGCUAUUAAUGAGGGUCAACUACCUGGUCCACGAUAUUUGGCUAAUGGCAAGGAGAUGGCGGUACCAGAUGGCGACCUCGUUCCUGGCAUUACAGCUUUUGCCAAGGGACCGCUCGAGAUGCGAGAGACCAUCCGGCACCAUGUCAAGCUCGGCGUCGAUACGAUCAAGCUUUCCAUGUCUGGCGAACAGAUCUGCGAGACACGAGACGCUCAGGAUUGCUACUACGACGACGACGAGACAGCAGCCUGUGUGGACGAGGCACAUCGACAUGGUAUUCGACUUUGCGCCCACGCAAGAGCAAGAGACAGCGUCAAGAUGUGUAUCAAACAUGGUGUAGAUAUCAUCUACCACGCUAGCUGGAUUGACGAAGAGGGGAUGGAGUUGCUCGAUAAGGCCAAGCAUAAGCAUAUAGUAGCACCAGGUUUGAACUGGCUUGUUGCGACUGUGUAUGAGGCUGGAGCGUUUGGCUACUCGUUCGAGAAAGCUGAGCAAGUCGGAUAUAAGAAAGAACUGGAGGUCGCGAUCAAAGGACUUCGUGAAAUGCAUGAGCGAGGCAUCACUGUGCUCCCAGGUGGUGACUAUGGCUUCGCUUGGACGCCGCACGGAACAUAUGCUCGAGAUCUGGAGCUUUUUGUCAACCUCCUUGGGUUCACGCCAAUGGAAACCCUAGUCUCUGCGACCGCUGGAGUUGCGAAGCUCUUCAUGCGCGAGCACGAGCUGGGCAAGAUCAAACCAGGCUAUUUCGCCGACUGUAUUCUCGUAGAUGGAGAUCCCCUCGCCGAUAUCGCUGUGCUGCAGGAUCACAGCAAGCUGGAUGUCAUCAUGAUCAAUGGUCGAGUCCACAAAGCAAGUUACAAGGAAUUUGUGAAGUUCGAGCAGCCACAGCCCGUUAUGGAGCCUAAGGAGAACGUGAAGCUCAACAACUUCGUGGCUUAUGCUUUAGACGAUGGUACUGGUCGGACCAGGAUCGGUCACUUGGAUCGAGACAAAGGCACCAUUACACCACUUGCUUUCUUGAGUGGAACGGCGAUCGAAAACCUAUACCAAGUGAUCGAAGUCGGCGAAGACAAUGUCAUAGCUGGCGCCGAAACCUUCCCACUGACUGAUAGUCUCAACAUCUUGGCACCGAUCAGUGGUCGCGAUGUGCUUGCUGUUGGCAAGAAUUACAGUGAGCAUGCCAAAGAGUUCAAUGCAAGCGGAUAUGAUUCAAGCGACAAGGUCGAUAUGCCGACACACCCAGUCAUCUUUACCAAGCGAGCAACUUCAAUCGUUGCUAACGAAGAAGACAUCCUUCUCCAUGAGGACUUUACACAGACGCUCGACUACGAAGGAGAAAUCGGAGUCAUAGUCGGCAAGGGUGGCUUCAAUAUAUCUGAAAUCGAUGCCGAGCAGCAUGUCUGGGGUUACACGAUCAUCAAUGAUGUGACUGCCCGUGAGGCUCAGCGCGACCAUAAACAGUUCUUCAUCGGCAAGAGCGCAGACUCGUACUGUCCAGUGGGUCCGCUGGCAUUACCAAAGUCAGCGUUACCAAAGACACUGACGGUCACAACUCAUGUCAAUGGUGAGCUUCGCCAGAAGGGGACCACUGAGGAUCUCAUCUUCAGCGUGCCGAACCUCAUACAUACACUGUCGAAAUCGCAGACCUUGCGUCCUGGAGAUGUGAUCGCUACCGGCACACCAGCAGGUGUCGGGUUUGGCUUGAAGCCUCCCGUCUUCCUCAAGCCUGGUGAUGUUGUUGAGAUCUCGGUCACUGGGCUAGGCACACUGCGGAAUACGGUGGUCAAGGCCGAGAACGAUAAUUAUGUCACGAAGCAAGUACAGGCACAAAGCGUCAUACCUAUCAGCAACCUCGCAAUCACUAACCAUGGCGUUGGCCUCACCACACUUCUAAACGGCAAGAAGCUCAAUGCCAAAACUAUUGGCCGUGGUCCGAACAGCAUCAUCUUCAUCCAUGGACUAGGAGGCAACACAUCUUUCUUCACUCCUGUGCUCAACCAGCUGGGUCUCAACAAAGGCGACCACGAACAGUAUACCAGCUUGCUCUUCGAUCUCGAAGGCCACGGCAUGUCACCAACAAAGGCAACCUCACGAAUCAGCAUCGAGAGCUAUGCGCAAGACAUUGAGAACUUGAUCAAGGCGUUCGACAUGCCAACACAAAACGGCGUGACAGUUGUAGCACACUCCAUGGGAUGUAUCGUGGCUGAGCUCUUCGCGUCGCAACACACAGACAUGGUCAACAAGCUCAUCCUGAUAGGUCCUCCACCAUGUCCACUACCUGCGGCUGGUGCCGAUGGUAGCGUGAAACGUGCAGCAACUGUCAGAGCUGAGGGCAUGCGUAACGUGGCUAUCACAGUAGCCGCCGCUGGCACGUCCGAGAAGACUAAGACAGACCGUCCACUCUCCUGCACAGCUGCGCAAAUGAGCUUGCUGUCUCAGGACCCAGAAGGAUAUGCCAAAGGUUGUACGGCACUGGCAGGUGCGAAAGAUCUUCAAAUUGACUUUGCUAAGCUCGGCAAGACGACAAAGUCGUUGUUGAUCACAGGCGAUGAGGAUAAGGUCGCACCACCAGCGCAUGUCAAGAAGCUUGCGGAAAUGCUUGGAUCUGCUCAAACGAGAGUUCUAGAGCAAGUCGGACAUUGGCAUGUAUUUGAAGAUGCCGAGGGCGUCAACAAAGCAAUCAAGAGCUUCUUGGCUUAG